AUGACUCGGUCCCCGAAACCCUGGACCUCGGGUAGCAUCGCCUAUCCCUCAACCUUGUCUUCUCAAUGCCCCCCCCACCCCCAAAAAUCAACCCACGCCUCCUCCCUUCUCACCCCCGAAACAUUCUGGUCCACACCCGCCCGCCGACUCCACUGGCACAAACCGCCCACGACUGUGCUAGCCCGCCACACCAAGACACUGGCCAGCGGCGUCAGUCACGAGCAUUGGUCGUGGUUCCCCGAUGGAGAGAUCUCCACUUCGUUCAACUGCGUGGAUCGACAUGUUCUCGCGGGGAGGGGCAAGGAUAUCGCUAUUAUUUGGGAGUCGCCUGUGACGGGGACUGUGGAGAAAUGGUCGUAUGGGAGACUGUUGGAUGAGGUCGAGGUUUUGGCGGGGGUGUUGAGGGAGGAGGGUGUUAAACGGGGGGAUGUUGUUGUUAUUUACAUGCCAAUGAUCCCCGCCGCGCUCAUCGCCGCGCUAGCAAUAACCCGUCUAGGCGCCAUCCACGCCGCCGUCUUCGGCGGCUUCGCAGCGCAAUCAUUGGCACAGCGGAUCGAAGCCGCCCGACCCCGGGCCAUCAUGACAGCCUCGUGCGGGAUCGAGGGGUCCAAGGGCCCAAUUAAUUACCGGCCGCUUGUCGAAGGCGCAAUCCGGGCUAGCAGCUUCAAGCCCGAGAAAGUCAUUGUUUGGCAGCGGGAUCAGCUGCGGUGGAAUAACCCGGAUAAAUUGGGUGGGCAGCGGAAUUGGCAGCGGUUGGUGAAGAGUGCGAGGAUGCGGGGGGUUAGGGCGGGGCCGGUGCCGGUGAAGAGUACGGAUGGGUUGUAUAUUAUUUAUACCAGUGGAACGACCGGUCUACCAAAAGGCGUCCUCCGCAAAGCAGGCGGCCACGCCGUGGGAUUGGACCUCUCGAUCCGGAUGCUCUUCAACAUCAACGGGCCGGGCGAUGUCAUGUUCUGCGCCUCAGAUAUAGGCUGGGUCGUCGGACACUCCUACAUCCUCUACGCACCACUCCUCGUCGGCGCAACAACAGUCCUCUUCGAGGGUAAACCCGUCGGCACCCCCGACGCAGCCACAUUCUGGCGCAUCGUGGAAAAACACAAAGUAAACACCGUCUUCACAGCACCCACCGCCAUGCGCGCAAUCCGCAAGGAUGAUCCCGGCGAUAAACUCUUCGAAGAAGUCGGUUCACGUGGCGGUCUAAGAUCUCUCCGCGCACUCUUUCUCGCAGGCGAACGAAGCGAACCUAGUAUUGUGCGCGCUUAUCAAGAACUAUUAACUAAACACGCCGCGCCGGACGCGAGAGUAAUCGAUAACUGGUGGUCCUCUGAGUCUGGAUCGCCUAUUACAGGUCUAGCACUUAACACCACGCCUAGUGCUGCACCACUGCCCAUCCGUCCCGGCUCAGCGGGUCUACCCAUGCCAGGCUUCGACGUUCGAAUCGUCGACGAUGACGGGAAUGAAGUCUCCCCGGGGACAAUGGGGAAUAUAGUCCUCGCCGUACCACUCGCACCAACUGCAUUUACGAGUCUCUUCGAAGAUGACGAGCGGUUUUACCGCGGGUAUUUAAAACGGUUUGAUGGGAAAUGGAUUGAUACCGGUGACGCGGGAUUAAUCGAUGAAGACGGGUACGUGCACAUCAUGUCUCGAAGCGACGAUAUAAUCAACGUCGCCGCGCACCGGUUUAGCACGGGUUCUAUCGAACAAGCUAUCCUCUCGCAUCCGGAUAUCAGCGAAGCUGUCGUUGUGGGCAUCCCGGAUUCAUUGAAGGGCCAUUUACCAUUUGCGUUUGUGCAUUUACGUACCGACCCUUCUUCGGAGGGUGGGGAAAUGCCAGCUGUCGUCCCCGAAACGCUUUUCAAAGAAAUCAACGCCUUAGUCCGUGAGCAAAUCGGGGCUAUCGCUUCUCUGGGUGGAAUUAUUCAGGGUAGGGGCAUGAUUCCUAAGACUAGGAGUGGGAAGACAUUGAGACGGGUUUUGAGGGCGUUGGUGGAGAAUGGUGUUCAGGGGAGGUUUGAGGCGGAUGUCAGUGUUCCGCCUACUGUGGAGGAUAUUGGUGUUGUGGAUGUUGCGAGGGGGAGGGUUAGGGAGUACUUUUUGGAGAUGGAGAAGAAGGGGAAGGGGAAGGCGAAGCUUUGA